CUCUCGAACGAUGAUGUGGAACAUGGUCGCCUUAUCCACGGUUGGGCAACGGCGGAUGGUCGGGUUUAUAGGACAUUGAGGUUGAUGCGUCGCGACUCGACAGUCAGCAAAGCUUGCUGCUGCGACAAUUUUCGAAGGAGGGAAUGGAUGGUAGAAGUAGGGUUUUGUUAUAAGGAAGGAAAAUUAGGAUUUUGAAUGGAAUAUAUAGAAUGAUUUUCCUUUUUCAAAAUUACCUUCAAACCAUCUUAAUCAUUAAAUUAAAAAAGAGUAAACGAAAAAUAAACGGGAAUACUAUAGUAGCCACGAUGACUACUAGAAUUCUAGUUGCCACCCUAAUCCUAAACCAUCCCAACUUAAUCCAAAUUACAAAUGAGUUCAAAACCCCCCCCCCUUUUCUACUUCCCUGUCUUGAAAAGUUGGUGCAACAGAUUUUCUGCCCACAGAAACAGAAUUCCUACCGCAUUGCCUGCAUCAUCCUUUUUCUUCACCGGCGGCUGGCUCUAACAACCGCCAUUGCCACCGCAACAUCCUAACCGGGCUUCACCGAUUCUCCCUCACUUUUCCGACGAUGGCUUCAUCCCUUCUCGACAACAGUCCACCCUCGACGCCGGGAAAGUUCAAACCGGACAAAGCUCCGCCGUACCUCCACCACCACCACCACCGCUCCCUCCGGCUACAAUCCAACAUCUCGAAGCUCACCUUCUACUCUUUCCUCUUCCUCGUCCUCUUCUUCUUCUUCUUCCUCCUCUCCCCUCCUUCCUCCUCCUCCCCGCGCCGCCAGCUCAGCGCCGAUCUCCCCGGCGGCCGCCUAUGGGAGAAGAAGGUCCUCAAAUCCACCCGCCCCGAAUCCGCCGUCUGCUUCACCGUCCUGGUCACCGGCGCCGCCGGAUUCGUCGGCACCCACGUCUCGAUCGCCCUCAAGCGCCGCGGCGAUGGCGUCCUCGGACUCGACAACUUCAACCACUACUACGACGUCAAUCUCAAGCACGCCCGUCGCAAUGUCCUCGAUCGGGCCGGAAUCUUCGUCGUGGAAGGCGACAUCAACGAUGCCGAUUUGCUCCGCAGGCUCUUCGACGUCGUCUAUUUCACCCACGUCAUGCAUCUGGCCGCCCAGGCCGGCGUACGGUACGCGAUGCAAAACCCUAAAUCUUAUGUCCACAGCAACAUCGCAGGGUUUGUGAAUUUGCUCGAGGUCUGCAAAUCGGCAAACCCUCAGCCGGCGAUCGUCUGGGCUUCUUCCAGCUCGGUCUACGGCUUGAAUUCCAAAGUCCCCUUCUCUGAGAAGGACAGGACUGAUCGGCCGGCGAGCCUCUACGCCGCUACAAAGAAAGCCGGCGAGGAAAUUGCUCAUACUUAUAACCACAUCCAUGGCCUUUCCAUUACUGGGCUGCGAUUCUUCACUGUUUAUGGUCCGUGGGGAAGGCCAGACAUGGCUUACUUCUUCUUCACUAAGGACAUCCUGAAAGGGAAAGAGAUCAGUGUGUUUGAAACUGCCGAUGGGAGAAGUGUGGCCAGAGAUUUCACCUACAUUGAUGACAUUGUUAAAGGCUGCUUGGGCGCGUUGGAUACUGCGAAGAAAAGCACUGGGAGUGGAGGGAAGAAGAAGGGUCCAGCUCAAUUGAGGAUCUACAACUUGGGGAAUACUUCCCCUGUUCCAAUGACCAAGAUGGUGAGCAUAUUGGAGAAGCUUCUGAAAGUUAAGGCGAAGAAGAAAGCUCAGCCGCUACCGAGGAAUGGAGAUGUGGAGUUCACACAUGCGAAUAUCAGUUUGGCUCAGAGGGAGCUCGGGUACAAGCCAGCUACAGGGCUGGAGUCGGGGCUUAAGAAGUUUGUAAGAUGGUACGUUAGUUACUACGGGACGACAAAGAAGAAGAAUGGUUCAUCAUCCGCCUUGUGAAUUUCGUCAGAUACACCUUCUGUUGCGAUGUUCGUUUAACACAGUUGAAUCGCGCUUAAACCUUUAGAUUCUUAGAUCUUGUGCUGUGCUUGUGGCUGUGUCUAUGCUGUCAAUGGAACAGUUGCAGCAGUUUUCGUGCUUUGGUUAGCAAUAAAAAUCAAUAGCCUAAUUUUUUAUGAAGAUGUUGCUGAUUGCAUUAGCAGGUUCCAGUUAAAUCUUACCUUGCAAAGAAGUUAAUUUCAGGGACCAAUUGCAAGUUGCAGUCCUUGGAUGGUUUACUGGUUAAAAAUGUAGAGAAAUCCAUCUGCAUAUGGUCUUUCCUUCAUCAGCAACAUCUUCCAGUUUCCUUAUUGUUGUGCCCAUGGCAAGAAACAAGAAAGUAGAAACAUUUAUUAUGCUUUUCCUGUGAGAAAUGGUACAAUGAAGAAGGGAACAGAGAAGACCGUGAUGAAGCAGCCAUCAGCAUCUAGGCAUCCAUCUUUUUGCGGCUUCCAUGUCUCCAACUCACCUCAGGCUCUACCAAGCGGUAGGCUUUUGUUCAGGUUUCAAGUGCCAAAGUCGUUACUAAAUACUAAUUAUGAAAUUGGUGUUUGACAUGUUUUGAUCCUCCUGUUGUUGUUUGUUCAUUAGCGAGAGGGUUGAUUGGGUGAUACUCAAGCUUGGGGGCAAGAAGUGGGAAGUGAAGCUAAACAGGCGAGGAGGAAAAUGGAGGUACACAAAGUUCAGCGCUAGUUGGAAUAAGUUCGCCGAGGAGAAUUCUCUGGAGCUUGGAGAUGAAUGCACAUUCGAGCUGCUGAAGAUGGAUCAUGUUCUCGUGUUCAAUGUAACUGUUGUCCAUGGUCUUAUGUGUCUCUGAUUUAGAUGUCCUUUUGAGUGGUAGUAGUAGUUUAGGGUCUGAUGAUGAACUUUGGUUUGUUCAAGUAGUUCUGUGUCCUCUUUGGCUUUCUAAUUUGCGUUUUCAGAGGAAGGGGAAUACCCAACUGUUAUUUACUCUGUGUGUGCAGAAACUUGACCAAGCUGUUGUUUGCUCUUGUUGCCUAUCAAUCAAACAUGAAACAGCAG